AUUCCUCCCCGAGCCCCUGGCAGCUAGGACAAAGUUGAGACCACAACUAUUGAGACGCUGAGUCCUGGAUUUGUGUUGUUCAAAGAGGAUCUCCCCCAGCAAUGACCCCCUCAUUGCUCCUGACCAUUCUACUUCUGACUCCAGCUACAGUGGCCAAUCUCAGAGGUGGCAGUCAAUGCCAAGCAUGUGAGGGGCCCAUCAUGGACCUGGGGAGCCAGCGGGAGCUGCUUCUUGACCUGGCCAAGAGAAACAUCCUGGACAAUCUGCACCUCAGCCAGCGCCCAACGCUGAGCCGUCCUGUGGCCAGAGCUGCUCUGAGGACUGCACUGCAACGCCUCCAUGGUGGUCCCCCCCAGGGAACACUUCUGGAGGACGACAGGGGACAAGAAUAUGAGAUCAUCAGCUUUGCUGAGACAGGCCUCGCCAACAUCAACCAGACUCGUCUUGAUUUCCACUUCUCUGAUAGAACUUCUGAUGGCAUGGAGAUCCUGCAGGCCAGCCUCAUGUUCUUUAUACAGCUCCCUCCCAAUACCACUUGGACUAUGAACAUGAGGGUCCUUGUGCUGAGUUCGCACGACCCCAACCUCACCUUGGCUACUCAGCAGCUGCUGGAGUUGGAUACCACUGGCUGGCACCAGCUCUUCCUGGGGCCUGAAGCUCAGGCUGCCUGCAGCCAAGGGCACCUUACCCUGGAACUAGUACCUGAAGGCCAAGUAGCCCCAAACUCAAUCAUUCUGGGUGGGACUACCCAUAGACCUUUUGUGUCAGCCCGGGUAAGAGUUGGUGGCAAGCACCGGGUUCACCGUCGAGGCAUUGACUGCCAGGGAGGGUCCAGGAUGUGCUGUCGACAAGAAUUCUUUGUAGACUUCCGUGAGAUUGGCUGGCACGACUGGAUCAUCCAGCCUGAGGGUUAUGCAAUGAACUUCUGCACAGGGCAGUGCCCACUACAUGUGGCAGGCAUGCCUGGCAUUGCUGCCUCCUUUCACACUGCAGUGCUCAGUCUGCUCAAAGCCAACACAGCUGCUGGCACUGCUGGAGGGGGUUCAUGCUGUGUGCCCACAGCCCGGCGUCCCCUGUCUUUGCUCUACUAUGACAGGGACAGCAACAUUGUCAAGACUGACAUACCUGACAUGGUCGUUGAGACCUGUGGGUGCAGUUAGUCUUUGUGGGAUGUAGUAGCCCAACGUGGAAUGAGCAAAUAUAAAUAUGCCCUCACGGAGGUGUCCUUCUUCAAAGAAGGAAUGAUUCCAGUCCUGCCUCUAUCUAGAAUGUGGACUGCAUCUUCCAGAGCAACUUAUGGAAAUUAUCCCAUCUUUGACUUGAGGAGAUCUACCUCUAAGAAGAAUCACUGUUCUAUCCUCAUGACAAGUAACCUCUCUCAUAAAGCAUCAUCUAUUCAACAUGUUCUUCAUGCUUAAACCCCACACCAGGGACUCUGAUCCACCUCCAACCAUGAGCAAUGCCUUCUGGUUUCCAUGCAAACUUCACCCUUAAUCAACCCCAUUAUCUACUAUACCUUUCUGCCCUUACCACUUGAUGGUCCCCAUUCCAGGAUAGUUGUCCCCACUCCAGGAUAGUUGAUUUUUCUGGCUGGCUCUCCAAAAAGCCCCUUCCUUGGAUUCACCAAAGAUUAUUGUUCUCUGAAGUGACACUUACUCCCUCUGUGUAUUGAGACCCUUGCCUAAGUGGGCUGCUAAUGCUCUCUGCACACUCUCAUCCAUUUUUGUCCUUUUGUUUUUCUUUUUUGGUACCAAGGAUUGAACCCAGGGGUGCUUAACCACUGAGCUACAUCCCCAACCCUUUUUUUAAAAAAAUAUUUUAUUUAGAGACAGGGUCUCACUGAAUUGCUUAGGUUCUCACUAAGUUGCUGAGGCUGACUUUGAAUCCUCCUGCCUCAGCCUCCUGAGCUGCUGGGAUUAUAGGCAUGCACCACCGCCCCCUACCAUUCUUUGUCCUUUUCUGCCCUGCACUGUGCCCUUGAAGACUGACUCACCUGAGCAACCUCACCUGAGCUCCAUACCUUGCAGUUUCCUGCUGGGUUUAACAAAGGGAGACCCAAGCAGGAAACCAAGAAAUAGGAGGAGUCAGAAGUCAGACUAUUUCUAAUUCCUGCUACUUGUUUACCCACAUGCCAUGAUUCUAUGUAACUGUGGCUAUAGAUCCCAACUGACUACCCCCUUCCAUGGCUUCAGCUCUGCCUCAGUUUCUGAUAUCACUGUUUUGACACCGAUGUUUCAAUAUCCCUCAUUGGUUCCCUUAACCCUUCCUGUAGCUUCAUAAAUAAUUCCUCUGCUUAAUCCUCUUGAUGAAGCAGACACAGUCAGUUGAGAGAGCUCCUCUAUCUCAACACCCUACCACCCCGGAUGACACAGAGCCUAACUUCCUACUCUCUUUACAUAAACUCCUCAGGGCUAAGCUAUUGUACCUGUCUCAUACUUCCUACCUCCUCUUCUCCCAGGAUUCCUCCUCCAUCCUCCCAGAACUAUCCUUUGAUGGUCUCAUGGCUAAUAAAGAACUAGAUUUUCCCUGCUCCUUUCCUCUCUCUGUACUCACUCCAAGAAAUGAGACAGAUUGAUCAUCAGUCAAGUAAGCUGACAUGGUGGGAGGCAGAGGCAUGCUUAGGCUGGCUGCUGGGACCUUUGGCUUGUCUUCUUUUCAUCUACCCACAGGGCUCCAUCCAGGAGUCCUGCCUAGAAACUGGAACUGAUAAAGAUUUUUCAAGUGGGAAAAGAGGAAGGCCUGGGAUAUGAGGAAGGGUGGCAUUUGCUCAGAGACUAGGUCCUCUUUAGACUUUGCCCUUCUUCCCCUAUCAUCUCCUCUCUUUGGCUGAACAGCCCUGAACUAUGGGGUCGAUAAGUCUGCAGCCCAAGGCCGAGUUUGCGCAAAUCUCAUGUGUCCUUUGGGGAACGUGAUGUCUGUGUUUGCUCAGCUUAUAACCCCCUCCUAUCAGGUAAGAGGUCCCUGGAAUGGGAAUGCUGGAGGAGAAAAUCGGAGAGGGACCUCCUGGACGACUGUAUGUCUGAGUUGUAGGGCUUCCUGAGCAACCCAUGAAAGUCAUCCCACCUUUGACUUGAGACCUUCAUCUAAGGAGGUCUUCUGGUAUCUCUCCUGCUUUCUACCAGUGUCUCCCUACUUCACUCCUAUCCCAGAUUUAACCUCCUUUCCUUCAAUCCCCAGGACUGAGACUGGGAUAAGGUGAAGUGAGGUACUCACCUUGGAACCAGAAUUUUAAGAAGCAGGCAAAAAAUUCAUGAAUGAACAUAAGCAAUGUUUUAAUGCAAUUUUAUUUAUUUAUUUAUUUAUUUUUGCGGUGCUGGGGAUUGAACCCAGGGCCU